AUGACAGCCAGGUCAAAUUAUUUCAGAGGACCCUCGUUCAAGAGAGCUGCUGCAAACAACAAGGCAAAUAUCCAACGCGGAGAGAAGAAACCCUCCAAGUGCCCGUAUGUGCUCGUGAACUCCCAAGGAGGGGUAGGCUCUAGCUCGUUCAUGGAACUGCUUCAAAGAUCGCACCUUCCCAUGAACUCCCCUGGGGACGCUGAUGGUUUCAAGCACAAGAACGCCUAUCAGUUCAAGCACGACCGCCAAGGAAUACAGCUGGGUGGGCUAGGAUGUGCCAAGAAAGCCAUGGUGAUCCUGGGAGACCCGUUGCACUCCAUAGAGAGUGUGCAUCGACGAUUCCAAGUGGCGCAUAUCAACAAGUGGCGCCAAAACUCCAAGAGACGCCCAUAUGGCGGACGCACAGGACUUGCUGACAUCUGGAAAGAGAUCAGCAACGCAAAGCAAGACACUACGGGACUAACAGACUACGUCAAUAGCUGGUUGGUAGCUGGAAAUGAGAACAAUUGGCCAGAGCUGCGCAUUGUCAACACCAAGACGUUAUACAAGAAUGCGACGGAGCUCGCCAAGUAUUUGGGAGUGAGGGAGCAAGACCUGAAAUCCUUCAAGCAGCUCGAUUACAAGCCACGUGCCUUCAAGAGCUCCGCUCCUCCUGCUGUGCAGUCCAUCUUCGAACCCAUCAAGUCCAAGAUAGAUCACUUGAAAGCUCCCUAG